GUCAAAACGAAAUUGAAUUUGAUCUUCCUGUUGAAAUGAUAUAAAUACGGAUGCGCGGAGAAAUCUUUGCAGUACUUGAAUAUCGCAGACGAUCGAAACAAUUGACUGCCACUCUGCGGAGUUAAAACAAAGUUGUGCUCUAUGGGAAAUGAUUCAGCAAAUACUGAGGUUUGGAAAUCACUAGUGUACCAAGUCAGUAGCAUAUACAGAGCCUCGAAAGACAACAAUGCUUCUCUUGUCGUUGUGAUCCAGCACAGUUGUCUAGUAGCACUUGGACACGAAUGGAAAAUUUUUGUCCAAUGUCGAACCACAUCAAGUCACCAAGAAAGAAAGACAACAAACACGAGCGAUUGGAGAGAAGUCACCGAUGUUAUUCCAGAUGCCAAAGUAGAACAGAAGCAUAACGACGUUGUUGUGACUCUUCCCCAACUAAACGAGGACAUUGAAAUUUCAGCUUUUGGAAUUCCAGGAACAGUAGACCAGAAACGAAUGAAAAUGGCAAUCUUUGGGAAAAAGCCAACCCAAGGAAGGGACUGGAAAUUAAAGGUCUAUCUCAUAGACGACUCGACCACAGCUUUUGAGAACGUCUGCGACAAAGAGGAGAGUUUAGGAAACAACUUGUUAACAACCCUCGCUGGUUUAUUUGUGUCAAACAGUAACGAAGAAAUCAGAAUUGAAAUCAACCCCAUUGAACCUGGAUGGAAAGUCAAAGGAAACAAAGUUCAGACGAUUACAGCAAAAGAUGCCUGGCACUCGCUUGAAAAUUCUAAAGGUUUUCCUCAUUGCCAAAUCAUCAUCGAACACGUCAACAAAUCGAAGCAAGCAUUCUUUUGUGGAAUAACAGCAUCGCAUGGAAGAGAUCAGGCUAACACUGAACUAGUGGCAUAUUUUGAACAUGAGAGAAAAAGAGGAGAACUCAACCAACCAUCUAAAGAGCUUCAGACACUGAACAACACCACCCGAUAUGCGAGAAAUGAGAUAAACACCUUAAUCUUCAUGAUCGCUCUUCUGACCCUAGGAUGCAAACACACGCGUUUAAAAGGAUCAGCCCAAUACGCCACUAUUUGUAACGAAGAAAAGCGAGCCUUAGUCUGGUCUCAUUGAACACAUCUUCCAGGAUAACUCACUCAUAACAGAAAAAAUGGCCGAUUAUCGAUUACCAUAUAAAAAUUUGGGAAACAAACACAAAAUAAAUCUUUUUCACAACUUGCA